GUCAUUUUUUCACCUGACUCGAGGAGAGGAAACAACAAGGAAGAACCUCUUUUUACCUGAACAAUCUUCACACGGUUUGCCUUAACCGGGUAUUUCACCUUCUUCUGCGAACAGGCUCGUGGUUCAGUUACCUGUGGAUUAACAUUGGUGACGGUAAAUUCAUUACUGCUUACUAAAAGAACACGUGAACUUGUGGCUGUUUGACAGAUUAAUGUGAAAUAGUUUGUAUAGGAUUAAGUGCUUUAACUUGAGUAGUUUUUAGUUAAAAUCUCUAACUGUGGUGUGAAAGACGUGAUAUGGAGAUAGAUGACUGUCGAUAAUGAAUAUUGUUAAGACGAUUUUGGCAGUUGCAAUCCGAUUCAGAAAUAGUUAUAUGCGUUACGGUUCUCAUUUUCUCUGCAAUACCAACAAAGUAAUUCACUUUUUAAUUUGUAGAGUAGUAUUUGUGAUACAGUACUUACCAAACAUGCUGUUUUUGGUCACAUUAUAUCUUUAAUGUUAAAAGACAGGAGUGAUAAGUUGAUCAUGUUGGUUAUUAAAAUAUCGAGAUUUCUACAUACAGCGCUACACCUGUUCAUUAAUAAUAAUAAUAAUAAUAAUAAUAACAAUAAUGAAAACUCUUCAGUUUCCACAAAUGCAUGAUUAAUAUCGUCUGUAUCGGCUAUUGAAAUAUAGGCUCUGUAGUCAGCAUACAGUAAAAGUAGAUGGAUAUCUGGGUCACCUCAGUCACUCAUGGAAACAUUUACCUUUGAGUGCGUGUGCUGUGUUUGUGUAAGUGAGUGUCAGCGACCACAGACAAGCGUUAAAUGAGUGUGUGUUUACACUUACAGGAACCUACAGGUAAGCCUCCCUAACCUGAGGUUUAAAGGCCUAGAUUCAUGUUAAGUAGCUGUGUGUAGGCUAACACAGAAAUCUCAUUUAUGCGACCGUUCAUUUCCUUUUUUUCUGAAAGAAUAUGUGGAACAAAACUAAAACAAACAAGCGGUAAAGACGGUCAUUUUUAUCUGCUUGACAUGUGCGAAGUAUGGCAGCCUCCAUACUUCAGAUUUGUGCUUAUCCAAAAGGACUCUAGGGAUUUUCACCCUAUUGUUGUAGCUUUUUUAUUUGAUUUUUUGAUUUUUACAUUUUUACAGAAAUAGACAUACAGUUAAAAAUAGCAAGCUUCAAGAGAAAAAAAUCAAACAGCAGCUUAAGUAUAUGUAAGCCUCGUUCAGAGUUAUAUUUUAGUUGAACCCCAAAUACAACGAUAAUGUACAUAAGUAUCAAACACACACGAAACAAAAAAAAAAAAAAAGUGCACAGCUGUAUUUUGAAAUUGCACCCAGAAGAUUAUAGCUGUGAAAAACUGCUUUAAAAGUAUUUUGACAGGCAUGUAGAUGUUAAAUUACUUUACUGCAAAUAUGUCAAAUGCAUGGUUAAUUUAUGCUAUAGUGAUGUAACACAUCAUUACUCGUAAUUUUUCAUGACCAAACUUUUUAUCUGUUUGGAAGUUUUGCGGUUUUGUUUUCCAUCUAACUGUUGAUCGUGUCUAUACCCACGUGAGUUAAUUUGUCUCUUGUGUAUCAAACAAACAUUUAGAGAAGAAAUCCCCCAGUGGGAGACACUUUCUUAUGAACUACAUUUCAAUUUGAGAGGAAGUGUGGGCUGAUAUAAAAGCUUCCUUAUGUAACUACAAUUCUCACUGCUCUGUACUGUGGUCUAAAGUUAAAAGAAAGCUGAAGGUGUUUGACUGAAAUAUCACUCGUUCUCUGCAGGAUUUUAAAGAGCGGCUGUAACCAAACACACAUGGAUGUCAGGAGGAAGAGGAGGUCCAGUGAUGCUGCCUGUUUCAGUCCACUCAGCUUCAGCCACGAAUAGGUGAGCAAGAAGAGAAGUCAUUUUUGUAUUUUUCCCUUUUUACUCAUUUAGAAAACAACCCCUUAUACCGUAUUGGCUCUUCUCCAGUUUAAGCCACUUAUGUGACCCCAUCUCUGGUCAAUAGCUCCAGUGCCCAGUCUUGUCCCUGGUGGUUUUCUUUUCCCUUGGAUAUCAUGAGAACACCGUAAUAAAAAUGUCAGUCAAUUUCGUAUACACCAAGUCCCAGGAGCUUGAGUUCAUGGCUCCAGGAGAGCAUGUUGCCAUAGUGCUUUUUCACAUUGCUUGACAUUUUGCAGAGGUGCAGUCUGGGAAAAGAUACUCUUAAAUUGAGGAGCUGGCUCGUGGCUUUGCUUUUAUAGUGCCAGAUGAUGUUUUGAUAUCACUGUUGAAGCCAGUGUGAGUCUGAGUUGUAACGGUCUAAGAUGAGGUUGAUACAUGAUUUGAAAAAAGCAUUAUAUCGAUAGUUUUCAUGGAAAAUCAGGAAUAUUUCUAAAGCUUUUAUAUCAUUCAAAUCUUAAAGAUGAGCUCAGACAGUGUUCAAAACAGAGUUCAGUUCAAGUGUUUGUUCUCUCACUUAUUGGCAAGCACUGUGCAUUUAUUACAGUCUUGUAGGUACUGGAUUUGAUUGAUGUAAGUCAUAAAAAGACUUGACGACUCUUAUCUGGCUGAGAAAAUAUUUGAUUGACAUCUGUUCAAACAUAAGGUAUUAGCUAAUGCUGUGAAUUCAAAGGAAGAGAAAAUUAAUCAAGCUGUGUUCACAAAUCUUGGCAGAUCAACGAUCAACACGUGCUGCAAAUAAGCCGCUGGGUGCACCCAGGCUGUAGGCACUGAUGUAUCUUUAGAGCUAGCUUUAGCACAGAGGUGUGGUAAUACCAGGGGGACCAAGGAUAAAACACAACUCUCUUACAGUGGAGCCACUGUGAUGUUGGUUAAUCAUCCCCUCUCUGGAUGUUGGUGUUUUUUGAGCAAGAAGUGACUCUAUUUGGAUAGGAGGGAGGAGCUUGAGAGGGGAGUUUGCAAAUGCCCAGUUAUCAGUGGUACACCUGUGGAGCCGGUGAAUGAGGAACUGGACUUUUAUAAUUGCUACAGAUUAAGAUGUUGCUUGUCUGGUUAACUGAAGGUGUUGGAGUAAAAGGCUAAAGACCAAAGAGAGCCAGUGAAAUGUUGCAAACAUUGACGCACAUGCUCGACAGGAGCCAAAGCAAAGUUUGAACCAAUAUAGCUGACUUAGCUGACUCAAAUGAACCUGUUUACAGAGCUCUGCGGAUCCCAGUCUUCUAUGGGGGUAAAAGCCAACAACAGUCCUGACUCCUAAAAAUAAAUGAAUAUUAUCAUAUGUUAUUGUCUACUGUUGCUCCAUUUUACUGAAUGUGUGUAUCACCAUGAACCACAAAUAAAAAGGCUUCACAGUCACAGAUAAAUGUUUAAUUCUUUUAAUGAUGACAUGCAAACAGUUGUGUUUGUGUGUAAGCAUCAUAAACAUACAUGAAACAGCAGAAAUACUGUUUAAUUUGCACCAAUUUAUUUAAUUUAAAAGUAAUGACAGACAUACUCUCAGAGUUACUGACUGUUUAAUCAUUUAGGUUGGAUAAUCAUAAAGCCAAAUAAAAGUUAAAGUGAAAUGUUUGGUUUACUGAAAAUGUUUCUCAGCUCCGCCUCCUCUCCUCUCAUAUCUGUCAUCAUAUGUUAUAAGAUUGAUGAAAAGAAAAUAAGUUUUUAAUGAAAAGGAUGGUUUAGCAAUUUAGCAAAGAUGCUUCAGUCAACAGCUGCCAUGCUGAUCGCUUGUCGUCAUGCACAACUGCAAGGUUCAUCACAUUAAAACAGUUGAUGUAAAUCUCUACUUUCCUUGAGGUGAAUCAUUUGCUAAAGGAAACAAUAAAGGAAGCAAUGAAGCUGCUUUCUGGGGGAUUUGAAAAGCUCUCAUCAUGGUGGAUACCGAAACACUUCAAGGUUUUUUCACUCAGGCUGGACACACCUGGUGAUUUUAGAGCCCAUUUUACUUCACACUUUCGGGCUAUUGUCCUUUCAUUACAUAAGUCCAGGACACUUGUAGAGUAACUUAGCAUGAUUCAGUGCCCAAAAAACUCCAUAUUUAUCUUUUCCUGGUACAGGUAAAACUCUCAUUUAAGGACUUUUCUGCCUGGAUGGGUUCAUUUUGACUGCUUUUCCACAGAUAUAAAGUUGAAUACAACUUGUGGAUGUCACUUUUUACACAACUUCGUAAUAAUAAGACAACUGCAACGUUCUACCUUCUCAGAAAACAUCUGAGGCUAGCCUUUUGCCCCUAUGUUAUCUCCCUGUUAUUCAUUAGCCACUAUAACAUUACCCAAUGAAAUAGUUUAUUUAAAGCUUGUGGUUUCUCGGCCUUUACAGUGGGUCUUUAUAGAUGAAACAGCUCCAGGUUUCAUUAACAGCUGAGAUCCAAACUUAGCUUGUCCUGGCCUUUGUUUACAAGAGUUACAUUAGUAAAGUGCCAAGCAUCAAAACAGAGUAGUUGUUGUUGUUGUUGUUGUUGUUGUCCUAAAAAUGUUAGAAUUUUCCCACUGGUUUCUGCUACCUUUGUCUUUGGGAAGUGAAGAUAGUGGUGACUUUCCUUCAAAACCAGAAGAAAACUUCAGAACAACUUUCAAAAACACGGCGAAUCAACAAAGUGCAGAAUGAAGGAAAAAGAUGAGCAGUGAUAUUGGUUUGACAGGUAAAGGAAAUACAGAUAAAAGCUCCCGAGUGGGCAUAUUUUGAUGUAACGUUCAAUUCAAGUCUUGUUGAGUUCUUGAAAUGAGCCAGAAAACACAUGCAAGUAUUAAGCCAAAAUGUGUGUAUCUCAUGUUUGGAAACUUUGCUUAAGUUUGGUAUGGACAUCCAACGUUGUAGCAUUUAAAAUAUGGGUUCAGAUGUGGAACAGAGAGGCACCACUGCUCUUGUAGUCAAAGUGUGAGCUCUAUUGACAGAGGUCAUGUCUCCUGCUUUACUUCCUUCCCUCUCCGCUCAUUUCCUGCUCUGUUUACUUUCCUAUCCCCUUAAUAAAAUCAUGAAUGUGACCUAAAAUUUAAAAUGUAAAAUAGGGUCAGAAUAGAGGGCCUCUUAAACUAUAACUAAACAGAUGGGUCAAAGCGAUGGUAGAGACAGCGUUUUAUAAUAUUAUGUGAAUUGUAACUAAGCGCAAUUAGAAAAGGGGAGCUGAUCCAAAAUUUAUAGUUACUAAAGGUCUAAGAAGAUGUUAGCCUCUGUGUCUGUAAGUUUCUGUAGUAAAACAUGAAUGUGUCUUUCUGUGUCUUUCUUUUUUUUAACAAUGUGCUUUAAAUAUUUUUUGCUUUAUUGUUUCUUCUUGUCUGAGUUUUGAUAUCUUGGGUAGGGUUAAUUGUGUAUUUGGUACUGAUCCUUCAGAAAUGUUUUAAAACUGUCAUUCAGAUGAUUAAUAAUUAUGUUAUUUCCCACAGUCACAUCAGCCAGCUGAGCAGGUACCUGAACAUCCACAACACUCCUGAGGAGGACGAUGAGACCAUAAGCAUGGAAGAGCGAGAAGCCAGUGUCCUCACCAAACCAGAGUCCACCCUGAACUCUGAAGAUCCCACCACCCAUCCAGAUCAGCCCACCUUCCCCAAUAACUCCAUGUUCAGUCAACACAGAGAGCAGGUACACACCCUGCCUCCACCUGGCCCAAGCUUCAGCGUAUAUCAGCCUCCUCGCAGUCUGCCUGCAGGGUACAGCCAGCCCACACCGUUCCCCAGCCAGGUACAUGACUCCUGGCUCCAACCGAGCCUCACCAGCAGCUGGUCAGGGUAUCCAAACAGUCUGCCAUCCUGCCUGAGCCAGAAAGAUUUCCCCAGCUGCUCUACAGAGAGCUGCCUGUCGGGAUAUAAGUCUAUGUCCCUUCCUGGCAGACACAGUCCCAGUAUGAGCAGCUUAGAGCAGCCUCUGUCUCUCUGCUCCAACCCGCCAUCCGCCAACCUGUAUCACCACACGCUGCCGCCGUACUCCUGCUCACCACAGGGAGCCGCCUGCUGUGCUCAGUGUCCGGUAGACGGCUUCAACAGAGGGCCUGUGGCCAGCAAACACCCUUGGCCUCCAUAUCAGCAGGGUUACAUCCCCCACUGUGAGUCUCUUCAAGGUCACACUUUUUUACAUGUUUUUAUUUUUUUUGCCUGAAGACACUUGAAGUGUGGAGAGGGUAGUGGGGCAAUCAUGAAACGGCAGGUUAAACUGAUGCGUUGAGGACCUUGCAUCUGUAUUCUGCCAAGACCAAAUGAAAGCUACUGUUGUGCUACGUAAACUGACACAAAAAUGACAAUAAUAUACAAUAAUAUACAAGGGAAAUAAUUAAAUCCAAAUGCAAAACUUUUUUUAUUCAGCAAAAGCUGUAAUCCCAAAUUUUUCUUUGCAGGUCAGCUGGAUCAGACAGGCAAUAGCAAACAAACAAUAGAGGCAACUGUGCAAUAAAGCAAACAACUCAGCUACCUACUAAAGACAUGAACAAGCUGACACAAAAUAAUGGUUCGAUGAUGAUUGAGUACGUUCAAAAGUGAUCAUUCACACAGCUACAAAAGCAGUCCUGUGUUAAAUCAUUCUGUGUCCUGUAGUAUGCUCACAGCAGUGGACUCCUGCCAGCCCCAUUGCACAAUGAAUAACCGUUAGAUAUAUAAUUUCAAGUCACAAUCAAGUUAAAAAAAUCAGCAUGUUUAUUUAUUACAAUUCACAUUAAACUGAAAAUUUCCAUUACAGGCGAUGUUAGGGUGAAAAGGACUUCUUCAGGAGUAUUACUGUUGACAUUCAGCUCCUCGCUGACAUGCCUUUAAACAGAAAUGAUGAUGCAACUUGUUUUUCGCAAGUGAUGUUUAUGGGGCAUUUUUGCCUUUAGUUAAUAGGACAGCUGAAGAGACAGGAAAUGAGAAUGAAGCAGGGAAGACAGCUGAAAAGGGUUGUGGCCUGGAGUUCAACCAGCGACCAACGCCUACAGGUCGACUACAGCCUCUGUAUUUGGGACGAAGGCGAUCAGUGCCCCAAAUGACAAAACUUUGAACUGUGUUGCAAUUAUCAUUACUAAAGUUUGUAGAAAUCAGCAGCUUAGAGAUGCUCCCGCCAGUUCUGCUGUUAGUGCGCGGAUUGCAGGACUACAUGCAUCAGCCUCUCCUCUGUCCAUCUCUCUCUUUCUUCAUCUCCCUCUCUCUAAACCCAGCACAGUCUCAGCAGAUAAUUCCCUCUCCCUCUCUUAUGUCACUUUGAUAAAUGCUGAUAAGUGUUUAACCCAUGUGGUUAAAGAUGGGAUGGGAGUAGGUCUGAUCUUUUAAGAUGAAGCUCAGUCUGAUCCCAUCUUUACAUUGGGUCUUUGUAAACAGAGCCUGGUCUAUACUCAUGCCUUGGGUUUUUGAUUCUGUUUUUGCUGCUUUAGAUCCUGGUGACUACAGACUCCAUGGAGCUCGAUACACACACAUGUGAGUUUUACUUUUCUGCUCCUUUCAUCUAAACUCAUACUGCAAGUUUCUAAUCGAGGUCAAAAUGAUGUUUAUCUCCCUGCAGCGGUCACAAACCUCCAGCUGCAGAGAAGCAGCCUCCGUGCAGCGCGCCGCUCUCUCUGGAGCAGAGUAAGUGUUCAGAUGAGCAGAUUACUGUGAGAGCUGCUGCACACUUCAUCCGUAUACGGUUAAUUUAUUUUUGUGUUUCUUGUGAAUACAGGAAGGGUCUUCGUCACCUAUGAAGCCGACAAUGACAAACACGUCAACGAGAUCAUCAACUUUGUUGCUCUGCUGCGACACAACGGCUUUGACACGCAUGUCAGUAGUUUUGUUUUUUUUAAGACAGACUUAAGUAAUCUGAAAGGCAGAGAUCAGCCUCUCCUUCACAAUCUAAGGUUGAACAUGUAGGCAGGAAGAACUGGAUUGGAUGUUAUUCUUAUUUGUGUGUUUACUGACUUCAGUUUUGCUUCAGAACAAAAGUCCAAAAAUAUCUCAUUUAGUUUUAUCCACUGUUUUUAAAGAACAAUGAAUACAUUGGGAUUUUAUUAUGCAGAAACAGAAGAGGCUUUUAGCAUAUUGCUGUUGAACAUUUUUUUACUUGACUUAGAUUGUAGUUCCCCUCCAUUUUGGGUUCAGUUGAGGUCAGUAUUUACAGGGGUUUGUUUCUGUUUCAUUAGCCACGUGGUUGUGUAGCCUGUAAGUUUGCAAAUUUCUAUGGCACCAAACUGUUUUAUUCUGUGAAAAAAGUGCAGAAUUAAUCACAUCUUGAUCUUAUAUGUUAAUCUUUAAACGUCUCCUUUUAUUUCAGAUCGAUAUUUUUGAGCAGCAGUUCAGAAGUAUCAGCAAGAUAGACUUCAUGGAGCGAUACCUCAGUGAGGUAAAAACAGUCACAUCUGUAUCAGCCUAAAAGUUCAGAAAAAGGAGACAAAAGUCUGAAAUAUUCUGAAUCUUUUCUCCUGCAUUAGUAUUGUUUGAAUGAGAAUGAAUUAAGCCGUGUUGUUUUGUCUGCUUCCCCCUUCAUCCAGAAAGAGUACCUGAUCAUCAUCAUCAUCAGCCCAAAGUACUACGAGACGGUGACAGCCUCACCUGUCGGCCUGGAGAACGACGAGAGGACGUUCAACACCGUCUACAUCCACAAACAGGUUUGACAGUUUGUUUUUAUUUUGUAUUUUAUUCAAAAUGGACGAUGCAGCUCAAAUUGUACCAUCACAGAGUGUACACUGUGACAGAGUGUACACUGGUGCUCUGAUUAGAGUUCAUCACUUUGUAAACUGUUUAUCACUUAUCUUCAGACGCUUGUGGGUAAAGGUUUCAGGCCCAGUUUGAUGAUAGCAUAGAGUGGUUUUUAAUAUGACGUAGAUUAUGUCUUUCUAGUUUGUUGCAGUCAUAUUUCUAGGCAAAGCUUUUGUCUAGGAUUUAAGGUUCCUGGGAGAUGGGGGUUUUUGAUUGCAGAUAUUAAGGCUUUAGCUUGUGCUAUCACAUUUUGUUUUUAAUGCCUAAAAACUGGUGUGAGGGGGUAGGUGUCAGCCGAGCAGCUGAAGAAACAGGCGUGUUUUUGCAAUUUCCACAUUAAGUAUUUACACUAACUGAAACAUUGAGCAGUAAAAAAUCAGCUGGAUGAGAUUUUUGUCAGAAGACACUACUCAAGCAUAUAAAGGAUGAGGUAAGCAAGGACCAGUUUGUCCACAGGCGGCGCCAAAGUUGACAAAAACUUAAAGUUUCUCAAAGGAGCUUUAAAUAAUCGCAACAUUUCCUUCUUUUUAUACUCUAAUCUUUAUCUUCACUCUGGGUUUUGAGCCUUGUAUUUUGCAUAUUUUUGUAGGAAUCACUGAUGGUGACUGAGCUGCAUAUAUAGUCCUCAGGUUGGCAGUAUGAAAAGUAUAUGGUGGAAAAUAUGCAGUUAAAAAAGAUAAAUAGCUGUGAAAAUAUAGAAUAAGCUUUGAAGUGAAAGGAUAUCGGAUCUUUGAAAUGUCAUGGUGCUCCCACACUUUGUAAAAUAAUGAUAUAAUAGCACAGCAAAUAAAGCUUUUAAUAGUCUCUAUUUAAAAAAAAGGCUUGACACAAAAAGAUAAAUUCAAAGAAAAUUCAAAAGGAGAUUUUUAAUUCAAAUUUUCCGUUUUUAAAAAAAGUGGAAAUAUAAAACUAAGUUCCAGGACAGAGGAGUUGAUCUUUAGAGUUUUUGACUUGACUCACAAAAUCAAAAACUUUUUUUUUCUCCCAGAUUGAAUUUCAGUGUCUGCUCUUAUACCUCUCUGUCUCUAAUAUUCUCUAUAUUAUGAUGUGUGCGCCUUUCAGCUCCAGAAUGAGUUCAUCCAGAAUGGAAGCAAGAAUUUCAGGUUCAUUCCCAUCGUCUUCCCCGGGGCCAAAAAGGUAAGAGAGGUUAUAAAUGUGUCACGCUGCUGUUUCUGCCACUGCUGCCAAACACAUACCACACAUAUGCACGGUAUCGCAUCAUCAACUAAACAUACUGUGUUAUUACCUAUACACCUCACACACACACUCUCCUCUCUUCGCAGUGCCACGUCCCAAACUGGCUCCAGAACACACACGUUUACGCUUGGCCACGUGAUCGAGACGACAUCCUGCGGAGACUGAUGAGGGUGGAGAAAUACAACCCUCCACCUGUUGGGGAGCUUCCCACCAUUGUCUCCAUCCCCAUAAAUAUAGGCCCUGACCUUUGAUCUCUGACCUGAACACACACACACACAUACACACACUGGACUGAACUCUUUGCUGAGGUGAAGGCUGGACGUGCAUAUUUUAUCUCCUGAGUUUGACUUUUCGCUGUCUGAACUCGUCUUUAGGUUUUUUGUUUCAUACGUUUAAUGAGUUCCUUUAAAAUCCUCAUAACGCACAGAAAGAGAGAGUUUAUGAUAUUUCUGUUCUGUACAUCUCAUCAGUGUGUAUGAUUUCACCUCUCUACAGUCUGUUUAAACUGCAGAACAUCACGAGUCAUGUUCACUGGUGCUUACUCAUUGUUUACUCUCACAGUCUGAACAUGUUGAGCUCAAUUUAUACAGUCAUGCAUAUAUCCUACUAAAUUAAAACUGUUUAUCGAAACACACACAUGCGCGUGCUAUACGAUUAAAUAUUUGACAGAUAUGAUUAAAGCUUUGAUGACUGGAUGUUUGCAGAGCUGACCAGCACAGCUUUCAUUAGCGGGAAGCAAACAGGCAGGCGUCCCGCAGAUGAAGGCUGCCUGAGAUUUUAUUGUUUUUAUUACUGUAACUGUGAAACAGCUGCAACGCUGCACACAAUAACUAAAAUAGAGAUGCUGUUUACCCUGACUUUUAUGACUCUUCUUGGCACAAGCUGAAUACUACAGACAGAUUUACAACCCCAGCUCCAAAAUGGUUUGAAUGUUAUGUAAAAUGUUGUUAAAAGCAGAUUGUAAAAGUUUGCCAAUCAUUCCAACCCUAUUUCUAAUUAAAAAUAGACAAUCAAAUAGA